AUGGAAGCCUCCCAGCCCAAAGUGGAGUCUUCUGCUGCUCCCGAAGCCAAUUCCACAGCUUUUGUGCACGCCGGAGUGGCUCCAGACCCUCUCACGGGCGCCAUCUGCAAGCCCAUUUACUUCUCCACCACCUUCGUGCAGCCAAGUGUGGAGGAAUACCUCCAAAAGGGCUUUUCUUACUCCCGCUCGGCCAACCCCACAGUCAGCGCCCUCGAAGAGAGAAUGCGGGCCAUAGAAGGCGGCGCCCAGGCCGUGUGCUUCAGCAGUGGCAUGGCCGCCACAGUCGCGGUGCUGACGACGUUUCUGAGCGCGGGGGACCACUGCGUGAUGCCGCAGUGCGUGUACGGGGGCAGCUUCCGAGCAGCAAACGAGUACUUGCGUCGUUUCGGAGUGGAGUUUGACUUUGUGGAUUUCCGCGAAGUUGCUGCAGUGGAGGCCGCGCUGCGCCAAAACACUAAAUUAGUGUUUGCGGAAACCCCCGCAAACCCCACGCUGCAGCUGACGGACUUGGCGGCCAUAGACCUGCUGCUGGCCAGGGAAGAAGUCCGGCGAGCGGGGCUGCAGGGAGCAGCAGCAGCAGCGCUGCUGCUUGCUGCUGCGGGCCCGCAGCGGCAGCAGCAGCGGCAAGUGCUGCUGGUGGUGGACUCCACCUUCGCCACGCCGCUGCUGCUGCAGCCGCUGGCCCUGGGGGCUGAUGUUGUGCUGCACUCCACCACUAAGUUUAUAGAUGGCCAUAAUGUAACAACUGGGGGCUGCGCUGUGGCGCGGCAGCAGCAACUUGCGCAGCAAAUAGCGCACACGCGCAACGUCUGCGGCAGCAUAAUGGACCCGCAGACUGCUGCUUACCAGCUGAGUUUUGCUGCUACGCUGCCGCUGCGGCUGCUGCAGCAAAGCAGCACUGCGCUGCUGCUCGCCAGUUUUCUCGAAAAAAAAUCCCAAGUCCGAAAAGUUCUUUACCCGGGGCUCGACAGCCACCCGCAGCGCGCGUUGGCUCGCAAGUACCACCGCGGGGGCCUCCACGGCGCAGUCCUCGGCUUCGAGCUCAACGGCGGAGUCCAGGCAGGCAUGAAGCUGAUGAACACCAUUGGGUACCCGUUUUCUCUCUGCGAGAACUUGGGCUCUGUGCAGUCCCUGAUUACCUGCCCCGCAGUCUUCACGCAUGCGCAGCUCACCAAAGAGCAGCAGCAAGCCAUUGGACUCUCCGAGGGCUACGUGAGGCUUUCCGUGGGACUUGAAAGUCCUCAAGACCUCAUCAGCGCCCUCGACAAGGCCCUGCAGGGGCUGGACGAGCCUUGA